AUGAGCGGAGCGCAAAGCAGCUCUUUGGAUCAGUUCCUAGCGGAAGUGUCAAGGAGAAAGAGAAUCAGUAAAAGUUGCGGUGCUCAUCCGGAAGCACCAGCAGUCACACUGCCAACCGAAUCAUCCUCAACAACUGCGGUUCUCUCAACAACACCCGCAUCAACUCACUCCGCUGAUUGCCACUCCCUCCCCGUGGUACCAUCACCCUCAUCACUCUCGACCUCUUCACUCGUUGCAUCAACAGCGAAAUCCACAGCGCAACAACACCUCAAUGGUACUGCAACAACAGCUGCUGGGAAAAAGACCAUUGCAGAACUGCGCAAAUUGCAACUGCAAGCUCAAAGCAACGCCACCGUCAUUCUCAAUAGAAAUACUGCGGUACCAUAUCGUUUCACCCUUCAAAUUUCGUUUCGUUUCCGGAAGUCAAGCCCUAUAAAACUACAAAUUACAAUAAACCGCAAAGAAUUCGCGCAAAUUUCUCCAUAUUUUCGAGCUGCAUUUUAUGGUGGUUUCUCGGAAACAAAGUCUAAAUUACUGAGUUUUGAUAGGACUAAGAGUGAAGAGUUCUUGCAUUGUUGUGCCGUUCUCAGCCAACUUAUGAGUGAAAAUAAGUGGGAAGUGCCGGAUCUACAGUGGAUGAGUCUUCAAAAAGCAUUUGAGAUAUUAGACAUUGCUUCCUAUUUGUUGAUUGAUCCAUUGCUGGCGCUUAUAUCUGACGUGAUUGUCGCCAAAGUAAAUGCUAAUUCAUUAGUUCUGGCAUACCAUAAAGCAGAAAAUCGCCACGUGCCGUUAGCUCAAAAAUUGUGGAAAAUAAUUGUUCGUCAAUUUGAUCGAUUGCUAGCAAACAACACUUUUCUUGCGCUUUCUGAAACAGAAAUCCUAAAGUUAUUAUACGACAGAUAUUUAAAUAUCGACAAAAAUGAAGAAACAGCAAUGGUUCGAAAAUGGAUUACGGUCAAUGAUUAUGAUGGCGGAGGUGCAGUGCGCUUGCGUGAGGAGCUCCGUGGACGAAAUGAUACUGUUGGCUUCAGUGAAAAUGAGCCACGUUUGCCAAAUUCAGUCUUACUUGCAAGUGGCCCAACGAUGUUAGUGGAAGCGCUCGAUUCCCGAGCCCAAAGAUGGGUGCGUUCGGAGCUCAAACUUUUUGAACUACCACGUGCUUACCAUGCUGUCAUCAAUACUGGUGAACAUUUGUUUACCAUUGGCGGUUUUAAUGGUGCUGAGUAUUAUCGGUCAACGAGAAGAUUUGGUUUAAGUAAUCAGGAAUGUAUAGAGGCUGCACCAAUGUAUGACCAGCGGUGCUAUGUUGGAUGUGGUUUGCUGGAUCCGGAACGAAUUAUAGCAAUCGGUGGCUAUAAUAACCACGAUCGUUUGAAAUCUGCUGAGAUUUUGUAUGUACCGAAGAAUCAGUGGCAUCGAAUUGCUGAAAUGAACGUUAGAAGAAGUGACGGUCAUUGUGUGAUAAUGAAAAAUGUAGCAUACGCGAUCGGUGGUUUCGACGGAAUGAACUGUCAUUCGAGCGUUGAAUACUACGAACCGGAACGUGAUCGAUGGUUUACAAUGAGUAACAAUAUGACGAGUCGACGCUCAGGUGUUGGUGCAGCUACCUUGGAAGGAGUUAUGUUCAUAUGUGGAGGUUUUGAUGGUACCAGUCGUUUACAAACUUGCGAAUUCAUUGACGUGAGGGAAGGAAAAUGGCAUCGCUUGCGAUCGAUGAAUCGACCACGUUCGAAUUUUGGUAUAGAAGUAUUAAAUAACCAAGUAGUGGUUGCCGGAGGCUAUGGUGGUAUGGUUGGCACGAUAGGUGAAACGGAAGCAUAUGAUUUUCGUUCCAACAACUGGAUCGAGUUACCGACGAUGAACUUGCGACGUUCAGCGCUCUAUCUUACUCGAGUGGACAAUCAUGACAUCAUUGAGGCGUUUGUUCGUCCCAAAUAUGCUGCUGCAUGA